AGAAAAAAUAGAUACUGAGUGAGUCAAGAGCGAGUGGUGGUGUAGUAGUAGUAGUAGUCAUCUUCUGUCAGCACUGAGCAGCAGCAUUAAUGGUCCACACCACCACCACCUUUAGAUCUCAUUUCAUUUCAACCGUCCGAUCAACAACAACCCUAACCAAGAACACAAUAAUCAUCCAUCUCUCUCUCUCACUUUGCUUUCUCCUUCUCACCAACCUCAGGUAAGCUCGGAUUUGAUUUCACUGAAGCAUUCAUGAGUUUUAAGAUUCAUUUAUCUACUUUCAUUUUGGAAUUUAGCUUCAAAAUUUGGUAGAAGAAUUUCGAAUUCUCAAGUAAUUUGGAGUAAAAUCACUUCCCAUUUUGUUGGUGUUGGGAAGAUCUAGAAAUUGCCCAUUUUGAAAGGAAAGGGGAAACAUUAUGGGAGAGGCUUUUGCAAUUUGUGUUUUGUAACUCAAGAUUGACAAACCAUGGAAGUAAAUGGAGUUGUACAUGAUAACGGUGUAGGAGCUGCGAAAAGGGAAAAGAGAGAGGUAGGAGAUAAAUCCAUGGAGGAUUUGACUAAAUACACACACAGUCCUGCUCACUUGGCAGUUGCAAGACGUGACCAUGCUGCUCUUAGGCGCAUUGUUACUGGUUUGCCUCAGCUUGCUAAGGCUGGUGAGGUUAAAAAUGAAGCUGAGUCUCUUGCUGCUGAACUUCGAGCUGAUGAGGUAUCGUCUGUUAUUGAUCGUCGUGAUGUUCCUGGUAGGGAGACACCACUUCACCUUGCGGUGCGUCUUAGGGAUCAUGUCUCUGCUGAGAUAUUGAUGGCUGCUGGUGCGGAUUGGAGUUUACAGAAUGAGCAUGGUUGGAGUGCUCUCCAAGAGGCGGUUUGCACUAGAGAGGAAGCUAUUGCCAUGAUUAUUGCACGCCACUAUCAACCGCUAGCUUGGGCUAAAUGGUGUCGUAGACUUCCCCGCAUUGUUGCUUCGGCUACCCGUAUUCGUGAUUUUUAUAUGGAGAUAACUUUUCAUUUUGAAAGCUCUGUAAUUCCAUUUAUUGGACGUAUAGCCCCUUCUGAUACUUAUCGAAUAUGGAAGCGUGGUUCUAAUCUCCGUGCUGAUAUGACCCUUGCUGGUUUUGAUGGUUUGCGCAUCCAACGGUCAGACCAAACAUUUUUGUUCCUUGGAGAGGGUUAUACUUCAGAGGACGGUAAUUUAACUCUGCCACAUGGUUCUUUGCUUGCUCUUUCUCAUAAGGAGAAGGAAGUUACUAAUGCCUUGGAAGGGGCUGGUACACAACCAACAGAAGCUGAAGUUGCCCAUGAAGUCUCCUUGAUGUCUCAGACAAAUAUGUACAGACCAGGUAUUGAUGUUACUCAGGCUGAGCUUAUUCCUCAUUUAUCUUGGAGGCGUCAAGAGAAGACGGAGAUGGUUGGGAAUUGGAAAGCAAAAGUUUAUGACAUGCUUAAUGUGAUGGUGAGUGUGAAAUCAAGACGAGUUCCAGGUGCUAUGACAGAUGAAGAGCUCUUUGCUGUGGAGGAUGGAGAAAGUAUGAUAAAUGGGGAAAACAAUGAAGAGUACGAUGAUGUACUGACUGCCGAGGAAAGAAUGCAAUUAGAUUCUGCACUAAGAAUGGGGAACUCUGACGCUGCUUGUGAAGAUGAAGAGCAUGGGGUUGAUGGUCAAGAAAAUGGUUCAUCAGCUUCCAAUGAGAAUUCUGAAGCCAAUGGUGUGGUUAAAGAGAAGAAGAGCUGGUUUGGUUGGAACAAGAAAAGUUUGAAAAGCAACAGUGAUGAUCCUCCAGAGGAUUUAAAAACAUCAAAGAAAACUUCAAGGUUUGGCCCAGAAGGUAGCAACCAGAGAUUGGCUGAUCAAAAGAUAGCAUCCGAGUUUCUGAAGGAUGAUAGUGGAGACACCAAGAAGGGAAAGGAUAAAAACAUUAAAAAGAAGAAGAAGAAAGGAGCAGUUAGUGAGACUAAGACCGAGAGUGAGUAUAAAAAGGGUUUAAGACCUGUCUUGUGGUUGACACCUGACUUCCCAUUGAAAACCGACGAGCUUCUGCCUCUACUUGACAUCUUAGCAAAUAAGGUCAAAGCUAUAAGAAGACUACGAGAGCUUUUGACAACUAAGCUUCCUCAUGGAACUUUUCCUGUCAAGGUUGCUAUCCCCAUAGUUCCUACUAUCAGGGUGCUUGUCACUUUUACAAAAUUUGAGGAGCUUCAGCCAAUAGAGGAGUUUUCAACACCACUUUCCAGCCCUGCACAUUUUCAGGAUGCCAAAUCCAAGGAAUCAGAGGGGUCCGCAUCAUGGAUUUCGUGGAUGAAAGGAGGCCGUGGGGGGCAGUCCAGCGACUCCGACAGUCACAGAUAUAAGGAUGAAGCUGAUCCUUUCAGCAUACCUGCAGACUACAAAUGGGUGGACGCCAAUGAAAAGAAACGCCGAAUGAAGGCAAAGAAAGCUAAAAGUAAGAAACAUAAGAAGCCGCCAGUGGCUAAAUCUGGAGAUGGAGUGCAUCGCAGCACCGAGGACAUAGAAGAAUAGUAUUAAUAUUACAGUGUGGUAUCUCUGGGUAAAACUGCAGCUCUGAUUAUUGUUGCCAGAGUCUUUUUCUUUGUGCACAGUGCCACAGCUGACUUUACAUUUCAACGUUGGAGGGUUUUUCUAAGAAUUUACUAGAAACUUAUUGUGCAACCAAUUGUUAUUAGCUAUUAAAAAGGUGCCUUCAUUUUUUCCACUGUCAUCUUGAAAUUGUUGCAUUGUCAUGUGAAGUGAAACUGAAGAGCAAGAGUCUUGUUCAUCAUUUCAAUUGCUUGGCGUCAUUCUAAUUUUCAUUUGAUACCAAUAUCUGUAUCUACACCUAUGUCGAUGAUCAUCGAUUUUACAUUUCCUUGAGUGGUGUUCUCUUUA